CGGCCCGGCCCGGCCAUGGCCACCGACUCGUGGGCCCUGGCCGUGGACGAGCAGGAAGCGGCGGCGGAGUCGCUGAGCACCCUGCAGCUGAAGGAGGAGAAGGCCAAGCCCGACGCCAAUGGUGCCGUGCUGAAGGCGGACGACAACGUGGAGAGGACGGAGGAUGACGAGAAAGAGGACCGAGCUGCCCAGUCCCUGCUGAACAAGCUGAUCCGCAGCAACCUGGUGGACACCAGCAACCAGGUGGAGGUGCUGCAGAGGGACCCCAACUCACCGCUCUACUCCGUCAAGUCCUUCGAGGAGCUGCACCUGAAACCACAGCUCCUGCAAGGAGUCUAUGCCAUGGGCUUCAACAGACCAUCAAAGAUACAGGAGAACGCCCUGCCCAUGAUGCUUGCUGAACCCAGCCCGCAGAACCUGAUUGCACAGUCUCAGUCUGGUACUGGCAAGACAGCUGCCUUCGUCCUCGCCAUGCUCAGCCGUGUUGAACCUGGGAACAAGUACCCACAGUGCCUGUGCCUUUCCCCAACAUAUGAGCUGGCACUUCAGACAGGAAAAGUGAUCGAACAGAUGGGGAAGUUUUACCCGGAGCUGAAGCUUGCAUACGCUGUCCGAGGCAAUAAAUUGGAGAGAGGUCAGAAGAUCUCAGAACAGAUUGUAAUUGGCACACCUGGCACUGUGCUGGACUGGUGCUCCAAGCUGAAGUUCAUAGAUCCCAAGAAAAUCAAAGUGUUCGUCUUGGACGAGGCUGACGUGAUGAUAGCAACCCAGGGCCAUCAGGAUCAGAGCAUCCGCAUUCAGAGAAUGCUCCCCAGGGACUGCCAGAUGCUUCUGUUCUCAGCCACUUUCGAGGAUUCCGUGUGGAAAUUUGCUCAAAAAGUUGUUCCUGACCCAAACAUUAUCAAGCUGAAGAGAGAGGAGGAGACGCUGGACACUAUUAAGCAGUAUUACGUUCUGUGCAAUAGCAGAGAUGAGAAGUUCCGUGCUCUCUGUAAUAUCUAUGGUGCUAUCACCAUUGCCCAGGCCAUGGUCUUCUGCCACACCCGGAAGACGGCUGGCUGGCUGGCAGCGGAGCUCUCGAAGGAAGGCCACCAGGUGGCACUGCUCAGCGGGGAAAUGAUGGUGGAACAGAGAGCCGCGGUGAUAGAGCGCUUCCGAGAGGGCAAGGAAAAGGUGCUGGUGACCACCAACGUGUGUGCCAGAGGGAUCGAUGUGGAGCAGGUCUCUGUUGUUAUCAAUUUUGACCUUCCUGUGGACAAGGAUGGAAAUCCAGACAAUGAGACCUACCUGCACCGCAUCGGGCGCACGGGUCGCUUCGGCAAGCGAGGGCUGGCGAUCAACAUGGUGGACAGCAAGCACAGCAUGAAUAUCCUCAACAGGAUCCAGGAACACUUCAGCAAAAAGAUCAACAGAUUGGAUACUGACGACUUGGAUGAAAUUGAGAAGAUAACUAACUGAAGGACAGCUGCUGGAACCGGUGCGUACCCUGCAGUGGAAGCUCUCCCACUCCAAUUGGAUCAGAUUGGCACGCCUCCCAGCUCGUCCCGAAGAGGACUCCUAAGAUACGAGUACACAAAAAUUACCUCAUUUUAAAAAUUGCAGUUGGACUUUCAAAUGUGCAACUAAAGGGGGGGGGGAGGAAGAGGAAAUGUUUACAGAAGCUUUUAACAUUUCUUAGUCUAGCCUUAAAACGGGGGAGAUCUUUUGAAUGCUAAGAAGUAAACUUGCCACGAGUGGGCAAUGCGUAAUUGCUGAAAACUUAUCUGGGGGAAGAAAAAAAAAAGAAAAAAGCUUUAUUGCUUUUAGUUGAAGCAAAGUUCAACGUAAACACGAUCAGUUAAAAGACAAAAAAAGAGACGAAACCAAGGCAGCUGGUUUUUAGGUAAAAACUCAACUUGUACAAAAUAGGAUGUCAACUUCUGAGCUCUUCAGACUCAUUUCUGGCUUAAUGAUGGAUUUGCCCAGCUUCUUGUUAGGUAAAUUGCCCAGGGGGGUCUCCAGUAAGUCAGAGUCUCUAACACAGGUGCCGUGUUGCUUUUGCUGGGCAGUGCUUUCUUUUUACUUUGUCCUUGAUCUGUUAGAGCAGCCGCUGUGCAGUGGUGACAGUGCUGAAGUCAGUGCUCAAGAAAUUCACCUGAAGCAUUUAACCUUGCCAAACGAUUGAGGGGGGGUAGGGAGGGGGGGGGAUGGUGUGAAGGGAACUGUACUAAUUAGUUUUCUGAAUAAAUUUGCCUCUGUAAAAUGCUAGCAUCCAUUGGAGUGGGGGUCAGCCACCUUCAGGCAGGCGGUGCUGGUUCUGAGAUGCUGCUGUGUGAAUCAUGUAUACAGAACUGCUGGAUUUCACUGACCAAUAAUAGAAGUAUUUAUCUGGCUUUAAAAAAAAAAAAGGAAAAAAAAAAAUCCUAACUGUGUGUUGACCAAAAAAAAAACCAACCUCCUUUUAGAAAUGCCAAAUUUGUACCUGUGAUGGGAUGCUUCAAUAUCAGAGGUGGAGGGGAAGCGCUCCCCGCUUCCAUUGCAUGCAGUGCAGCUCAGCCAUGCCCCUGCCUCAAGGUGAGCCAUGCCAGAGAAGGGACGAGCAGCAACUCCUUUGAGUUUUGGCUUUGAGUUGGCUUGGGACCACUGCAACACACAGGGAAAGCCUGCAGGUUGCAGCCCCAGCCUGGUUUGCAGGAGAUGGAGGCUCCUGAGCUCCUGGGGAUGCGCGUGAGCAGCCGCCGGCCGCUGUAGGAAUCACUUCCCAACAGAUGUACACAGUGUAAAUUUAAAACUAGGAAUUUAUUCUGGCCGUCAUAUUCUGUUCAAAGACAGGAACGUGGAUCCUUUUACCAAGUAAAAAAACAAAACAAAACAACAAGAGGCUCGUUUAAAAUGUACCUAAAAUUUUAGGAAACCGCGCACCCUUUUAUCGAUUUGUAUAAAGGCUUUAGGGGGGGGGGGAGAAAAAAAAGAAAAAAAAUGAAAAAAAAUCUGUGAAACUCUUUUGUAUUCUGGGGUGUAUCUAUUUUUAUUCAGUUGGAAACCUAUUUAAAGUGGCAGGUGAGUGAGUGCUUGCGUGCAGAGUGGAAGACUUGUUGCAAUCACCUCCUUUCGUGGUACAGCUGAACGAGCUCGUGACAGCAGUGAGUUGAAUUGUCAUGAAAGCUGCUGCUGGGCCUGUGUGCUGUUUCUAAUGUACUUUUAAUUGGAAUAAAGAACACAUACCGA